AACCACGUUUGCCAUGCAAUAGUUUGCAUAUCUUGGGCCGCUCCUGCCGCUGCUCAGCGAGGGUUCCCCUCACGGUCCUGAUUGGAUGGUGGGAGGACCAAUGGGCAGGAGUGAAACAAGUUAUCCGAACUCUCCAAAGUGCUGCUCAACAAAACCAGAUGACAUCCACUGACUUUUCAAACAUUUUUCACUCUGUAACUGACGUGCUCCAGAGUAAAGCCCGAGGACUAUUUUGAUCAUUUUGUUGACUUGAACUUCAUCCAGGAUGGGAGCCUACCACAGCUAUUUAUUUCUGUAAAUCGACAGAUGCACCUGUUGGUUUAGGGGAAAUCUGCUUGCUUGAGGAUGAACUCAGUUGUUGGGAUGGCAUCUGAUACUCUUCUUCAUUUGGAGGAUGAACAGAGGAGUAGACUGAAUUGUGUAGCUCACAGCAGCUUAGCUAGCCGUCAGAAUGCAGAACUGCUGCGAUACCAGGAGACUGCUGAAGACGACUCCUCCAAGUACAGAAGAUAUGGAUCUCGCUUGGGUGGGGUCAAAGUUCGCCACAAGAGACAGGUACUGCAGGACAUGGCCCGGCCUCUCAAACAUUGGCUGUACAAACACCGGGACAACCCGUACCCCACCAAGACCGAGAAGGUUCUGCUCGCUCUGGGCUCCCAUAUGACUCUCGUACAGGUGUCAAACUGGUUUGCCAAUGCUCGGCGGAGGCUGAAGAACACGGUUAGGCAGCCAGACUUGAGCUGGGCCCUAAGAAUCAAACUGUAUAAUAAAUACAUCCAGGGAAAUGCUGAGAGACUGAGUGUAUGCAGCGAUGACACCAACUCAGAGGAUGAUGACUGUCCAUUACAAACGCCCAUCUGUUCAUCAGACUUAGGAAGAUCCUCAUCCCACAUGUGUGGGAUAAAGAACCAGGGUGGCGUGCUCACCAUGGCCGACCCGGCCAACAGCGACGACGGCACCUCGCCGCCGUCAAAGUACAAGAGCAGCUUGCUGAAUCGUUACCUGAACGACACCCUGCGGCACAUGAUGGCGGGCAAGGCGGAUGGCGUCGCCCUAAAAAGGCGGAACCACUCCGAGUCCUUCAGUUCAAACGAGUGCGACAGAGACGCUGUGUCCCCAGCGUCCUCCUAUGACACAGACACCAACUUCAUCUACCAAAUGGAGACUUUGGACUAUGCAUCAUCAAAAUGUGACAGUGGUCAGCUUCAGGAAAGAGGUCAGGAGAGUCAAAACAACCAAGACUGGCGAGAGAUCAAUGCGGCCGUGGCCUUGACCAGUCUGGCGCACGGGCAGAGUUGUCAGAACAACACGUCGUCGCUUGGCACAACCCCCGGGCUGAGCUGCCACAGGGAGCCCCUGUCCAUCGCAAGGAGCAACAUCCCUGGCAGGAAGCCUGUCACGACGCCCCCCUCAGUCCUGAAGCAAAGCUGCACUUCUGAGCAGUCCACCCUCACCAGUCGCAUCAUCCAAAAGUCGUCCCACAUCUCCGAAGUGCAGACUAUCAAAGCGGGUCUGGCCAACAGUGUGUAGGAAUUCAACAUGCGACAAUCAUGUCUGCCUCAAGGCAGCCUUUGAGACUUUUGAAAUGUUUGAGAAAUGUAAAAAAAUAUAUAUAGACUGUAUUCUUCCACAAUGUUUUUUUUUUUUUUACAAUGUUGCUGAUGUAUUUCUAUUGUGUUUUGUUAUAAGUUAACUUCUUUGAGACUGGAUCGUCAUCCAAUGCCCUUAGUUUGACCGCAGCUUUCCAAUAAAGUCAAUGUUAA